CUGAGCCCUGAAUGUCCAACUCUGGCUGGUGCCGGCCUGCGGAGUCCCCCUUGGUAGAGGGCCGGUUGUAAAGAAUCAUAAAUCCGGGAGGUGCCCAGCAGGGGCGAAGGUCACCAAGGCAGGACCUGCACCAGCCACCGACAGACGCCAGAGAGGCUGGGCCCUUCCGCCAGCGACCGGCACCAAGAUGGGGGCCCUGGCUCUUCUGGGGCCUCCCCUCCUGCUGCCGCUGCUCUUAGCACUGCUGGGCCGAGCCCCAGGGGUGGCUGCCCAGACGCAGGUCUGCACUGUGAACCAGUCCUACUUCCAGCUGGAGGAGAACACAAAUAUUACUGGGCCCCUGGCGAACAUCACUGUCCCACUGGGCCAGCAUGUGGAGCUGAGUGACUUGUCCACCCCCUUGGCAUUUGAAAUCCGAGGAAACCAGCUGUUUCUCAACACAACUCUGGAUUAUGAGGAAACCCCGAUACUGGAGGCGCACAUAAUAUGCAAAAGGGGAAGCUCAGUGGUGACAAACUUCAGGGUGCUAGUGGUGGUGCAAGACGUCAAUGACAACGCCCCAGAGUUCCCCUUCAUCACCAAGCAGUGGAACGUGACUGAGGACACGAAGGUGAAGUCUGUGGUCAUUCCGGAAGCAGAACUGCAGGCCACAGAUAAAGACAAAGAUGACACCUUGUUCUACAGCCUCUUGGAGGUGACCCCGGGUGCCAGCAGCUUCUUCUCCCUGGAGGGGGUGAACCGCCCCUCCCUGAGGCUGGACAAGCCCUUGGAUUUCCUCAAGACUCCGAACAUGACCUUCCAGCUGAUAGUGCAGGACACUGUGGGGAGCACAGAGCCCAGCCACACAGCCACGGCCACCCUGGUCCUGUACGUGCUGCCCGCGGACCUCCGGCCCCCCUGGUUCCUGCCCUGCACUUACUCGGAUGGCUACGUCUGCCUGGAGGCCCAGUACCACGGCUCGGUCCCCGUGGGCCACAGGCCGACGUCCCCCCUCACCCUGCGCCCGGGGCCCAUCUACGCGGUGGACGGCGACAGGGGCAUCGACCAGCGCAUCAUCUACAGCAUCGCUGGGGGAAACCAGGAGGACACGUUCGCCAUCGACGACACCUCCGGCAACCUCACCAUGGCCAAGAGCGUCCCCAGCCCCACCGUCUUCGUUUUGAUGGUCAAGGCUGAGCAGGCGGAUGGGGCUCGCUACUCCAUAACCAAGGCCACCCUGGAGGCCCGGGGGACCGCUGGCCGCUCCCCACGCUUCCCCCAGAGUGUGUUCAGGGGCACCGUGGAGGCUGGCUUGGGGGCAAAUGCGACCGUCAGAGACUCAGCCUCCCCCACUCAGUUCCUGAGGAUCUGGGCUGAGGACCCGGAGUUCCCGGACCUCAACUCAGCCAUCAGGUAUCGAAUCACCAAUUCUUCGGACUUCACGAUGGAGGGGGAGAUUGUGCUGACCACCAGGGCCCUGCAGCAUGCCAGCGUCUUCUACGCUGAGGUGGAGGCCAACAACACCGUGACUGUGGCCACAGCAACUGCCACAGCCGAGAUCCGCGUGACGGAGCAGGAGCCCCCCGCUGCCCCCCCCCACAGGUGGGCCUCGGUGCAGCUCCCACGCAGCCCUGCCUCCUGCCCCGCUGGGGGCCCGCUGACCAGCUCUGGCCCUCACCCACCUUUAGGUACUACCCUGAGGCCUCCUGUCUCAUCCACACCUGGGCUGCCCCCCACUGAGGGAGCGGGCAGCUCCCCCCCCCCAGCCACGCCCGGUGGGGGCUCCCAGCCAACAGCCCCCCCAUCAGCCACGCCUGGUGGGGGUUCAGCUCAGACCCCCACACCAGAAAGCGCCCAGCCAACAGCCCCCACUGAGGGAGCGGGCAGCUCCCCCCCCUCAGCCACGCCCGGUGGGGGCUCAGCACAGACGCUGAAGCCAGGAAGCACCCAGACCACGAUGAGCCCCGGCCCCAGCAGGAGCCCCCCAGCCGCAGGUAGAGGCGGCCCCGGGGGUGACAGCCAGCCGGGCGCGGGCCAGCCGGACACGGGCCAGCACUUCUCCACGGUGGACAUGGCGGUGCUGGGCGGGGUGCUGGGCGCGCUGCUCCUGCUGGCCCUCAUUGGCCUGGUCAUCCUCCUCCAUAAGCAGUAUGGUCACCGGCUCCACUGUUGCUCUGGCAAAGCUGGGGAGCCCCAGGCCCUGGGCUCUGACAACCAGGCCUUCCUCAAAGAGGAAGAGGCUGCCUGGGCACCCAGCCCCAGCCCUGAGCCGCAGCCCACACCCCCGGAGAAGACCCCUGCGUCUCCCGACCCGGAGACCCCUGAGCUGCCGACCCCCAGGCAGCCCAGUCCGGAGCCCCUGGGCCUGGCCCCGGGGGCCCCCACGCCCGCUGGGGCUGCAGAUAGCCCCUCGGCGGCCGUGAGAUCCAUCCUGACCAAGGAGCGGCGGCCCGAGGGCGGCUACAAGGCCGUGUGGUUUGGGGAGGACAUCGGGGCCGAGGCGGAUGUGGUGGUCCUCAACACGCCCGCUGCAGAGGCAGAUGGCCCCGGCAACGCGGGCAGCGAAGACGAGGGCAGCGACGAGGACGCCGGCCGCAGGACCCCCCCCGCCGGCAGCCCCGACUCCACCUACAUCUAGCCGGCCCCCCACCCCGGAGCCCCCGUCUACUGUCCUUCCUGGUGCACAAUAAAGAACUGCUUUGGA